CUCGGAGUCGACGGACCGAUGACCGAAAAUACACAGGUUCGAGGUUUAAACAACCUCGUCCUUGUCAUUAACACAACUAUAAUAAUUAUUCGAGUUGAUAGUAAUCUCAGACGUACCACGAACAAUUCUUCAACCAUGUCUUCCGUAUCAGACCGUAACCUCCCCUUCUUCCUCGCCGCUGCCGCGCUGGCCAUCUCGUCGCAGAUCGUCAACCCUACCAGCGCCAACAAGGACGACGGUCGAACAAGAGAUGGAGGAGGAGAGGUUUGCCAGGAUUGAACGAGGUUUCGCUCAGCCUUACGAGGGGGCCAGGCCGGCGUUGAUCAUCGUUAUGGGUCCUGCUUCAUGCGGAAAAUCCACCAUCGGCAUCUCCCUAGCCGACGCCUUCAACAUCCCCUUCAUCGACGGCGACUCUCUCCACCCGAAAUCCAACGUCGACAAGAUGUCCGCGGGCACCCCGUUGGACGACAACGACCGGCUCCCCUGGCUCGCCCUCAUCCGAGCCACGGCCGAACGGGUCUGCCGGGAAGAAUGGGUCACCAAGGAACAGGGCCUCUUUGGGGUCUUGCAUGAACAGGAUGGAAAUCUGAACAGGGACGUCGAGGAUUUGGCAGAGCUCGCGGAUUGGGAGUUUGGAGAAGGGUGGAAGUGGAAGGGCAACCUCAAGAAGAAGACGGACGAGUCGUUGGGCGUCCCCAGGGGCGGAUUGAGGAGACCGGCCGUGGUGAUAGCUUGUUCGGCUUUGAAAAAGUGGUACAGGGAUAUCCUGAGGGGACAUUAUCCGGUCGAGAUGCCCGUCAGCGAGAUUAGCGGGGAAGAUACCGAAGAGAAGGUCAUGACCCCGAAACCGUCCCGAAUGGACACCUACUUUGUGUACUGCAAAGGUACUCGAGAGCUUUUGCAAGACCGGAUAGCUAAGCGUAAAGGACAUUUCAUGGGCGCCAAGAUGCUCGACUCGCAAUUAGCCACCCUAGAGGAACCCGAGGGCGAAGACGGCGUCGUAGCGGUGGAUAUCAGUCGGACUCCGGCCGAGAUCACCAAGGAAGCCGUACAGAAGAUGGUGGGCGUCUCGAAGCCUUGGUAAGGGUUGAUAGGCCUGAGGAGCGGGCAUUCGGUAAAUUGGUUGGUUGGCGAUGGCGGCGAACGAGCCAGUGGAUACAGCAGCGUGUGUAAAGAUUAGUACGAAGCGUAUGCACAAAUAUAGACAUCAUAAGCUAGAAUGAA